UUACAUUGCAACAUUUUUGUUAACUUUUCAGGGAAUAAUACACAAAUCUUGAUUUUCUACUGUUUAGGACUAUGUUCUAUUAUAAAUCCCAUACAUGGUUAUCAAACCACUUGUUUUCCUUUUAUAUGUCUACUAUAAGAACUAGAUUGAGUGGGGAAAGUUCAAACAAAGGGUUAAAAAGGUUUCCUCCACACCUCCUCUUGGUGUCGCUGGGGGACCAGCAGAGCUGCCUAGUGCUGAUCAUAGCAACCACACACAGAUGACAAGUUUGGACUUGUCUGCUGACAGAGGCCAGUGGGCUGAACUUCCUCAGCCUGCAGAGCAGCAGCAGGCUGUCAGCUCUGAACCAUGCUUCACUCUCCACUGACUGCUCCCAGCCAGACACACACACAGAGAAGACCCUCAUUCUGACUCCUGGACCCUCACCGUAACCUGCCGCUCCAUCCGGCUCUGGCUCUCGCCCUGUGAGAGUGUGAGGGUCACCAUGGCAACCGAGCCUCGGGGCAACCUACAAUGGUUUGGCCCCAGUGAUCACCUGAUGUCUAUGUUUAGGACCUGCUCCAGAGAUCCAGCCGAGGCAGUCAAAGCGAGACUGAGGCGCAUGCUGCAGACGUUUCUGCUCCAGCAGGGGGACCGUUCAGGUAAUGAGAGGACCAAAGAGCUGGCAGCGAGGUGCUGCCACCAGGCAGAGUUCUGGUAUUACAGGAUCCUGGAGAACCUGGUCAGGCAGGAGAGGAGAAGACUGGGCGUCAGCGACGUGUCUGCAAACACUGUGCAUGUGUCGCAGGGCAUCUUGGAGGCAGAUCUUGUGCAGCGCUGCCUGGUGGCCUGUUGUCUGCAGAUUUCCAUUUGCUCAAACCAUCUACCAUGUGAUCUGCCCCAGCUCCUUCAGAUCCUAACGAUGAAGUCGUACCACUUCUGGAGGGUGAUUGAGCUGGUGCUGCGGGCUGAAGCAGGGCUGCCUCAUGCUGUCGUCAGACACCUCUCCCAGGUGGAGGAGAAUGUUCUGGAGAGCUUGGCCUGGACCAGGAACUCAUCGCUGUGGGAAGAAAUCCGAGCCAACAGGGGCCAGCUUCUUACCUGCCAACAGGUGAUGCAUCCUGCACAGCUUGAAGAUCCAAAGAGAACAGAGCUACAGCCUGACACAAAACCAGCAGCUGUGACCAGGCCUCAGAGGAGCAGCCCCCUCCAUCUGUUUGCUCGUAAGGUGUACAGUUUGAUGAGCAGGCGUCUGAGGGAGCUGUGUUCCACACUGGACGUUUCUGACGAGCUGCGGCUGAAGAUCUGGACGUGCUUCGAGCACUCUCUGGUCCACUGCUCCCACCUCAUGGUCGACUGUCACCUGGACCAAUCGCUCAUGUGUGCUGUCUACAUCAUAGCUAGGAUCACCAAGGUGGAGAUACCCUUCAAACACAUAAUGAAGUGCUACAAGUCGCAGCCACACGCCAGGAGGGGUGUCUGUAGCAAUGUGCUGAUUUCAGGACGUAACAUGGACAACCCUCCCAGCAGUAAGAAACCAUUGACCACAGGAAAACAAGAGGAUUAUGACACAAUGGUGACUCCUAACACGCCAUCGACACAUUAUCCAGGAGCCUCUCAGGAGCGGAGGGGCAAUCUUAUCGACUUUUACAACCAGGUCUACAUGACCAACAUGCAGCACUUUGCCGAGCAGUUUGCUCCGACCUCUGGGGGUGACACUCCUCCUCUGUCUCCAUAUCCUCAACCGUGGAAAGCGUCCCCUCGCAGACACCAGGUGCUCAGCAGCCCCUCCGUCUACAUUUCACCAUACAACCCUGAAACCCCAUCCCCUCGUACAACCGGCCUGUGCUACUACUUCAACGCUAGUCCCCCCGAGUGUCUGCGUGAGAUCAACAACAUGAUCAAGAUGGGCAGGUCACCCACCAGGCGGCGCUAUCCGGUGAAGCUGGAGGAGGAGGAGGAAGGAGACCACAGCCCUUUGGCAAAAAGGCUCCGUUUGGAUGGUCAGUCAGCCUGGCAGAGGAGACUGAGGAGCGUGGUGAACGCUCGUGUCGCGAGAGGGACACUGGGCCGACCUUCUCUGGUUACAAAGCCAAACCUGCACUAGAGGGAAGAGGAGCACAGCGCCACGAUCUCUGAAACUGUAACUACAAUAUCAGGUGUCCGAGGGAAAGCACAGAGCAAAUAUUGUCUUCCGAUCUGUUAAGAAAACCAUUGUGCAAAGUUUGUUAGCUCAUAGAUUUGGUUUCUCUGCAAUAUUUUUGACACCAAUAUUGCUGCCUAUUGUUGCUUUCAGACAUGCACUCAACUCCAGAUAAUCUCCUGAAAUUAUCCGGAGGGGUUGUAUGUGAGAACGCAAAUGUCCGAGUGAGACAGACUUUCUCUGCAGUUUCUCCUGCUAGGCCACUAGUAAAAACUCAGGAGAAUGUCCAAAUGAGCCCAUGUGGGAAUAAAAACAGCAGGAGAUCCUCUGUUGGAUUCAUCGCGAGUGAGUGGCAGCGUUGAUGAUAUUUCUAAAACAUGCUGGAUCCAAAAUCUGCCAAAAAACAAGGAUAAUGCAAAUAUCUCAGGAUCAAGUGUUGCCAAACACGUAGAAGACACAGAUGAAGGUGUCAAGGUACUUUUGGUGAUAGGAGCCAACACUGAUGUGGAUUUGCUGUAAACAAAAACACAUGAUCUCCUGCCUCUGUUCCGACCCCAUUGAGCAGCGGACAUUCUCCGGAGUUCAUGUCUGAAAACGACUUAAGUGUCCUUGACCAAUGCACUUAACAUGCUGUCAUUGGCCAGUGGAGGAAGAUGGUGGUACUGAUCUGCUCUCAUCAUGUUGUGUGAACUUGCAGUUCAAGCCACAGUUAGUGUGGGACAAGCUUGUCUGCCUCACUUAUGACGUUUCAGCAGUGUCUGUGUCCUGCUUGAAUAUUAAAUGAAGACUCCGUGUUCAGUGUAGUUAACUCUCAAAUAACGUUUAAAAUCAUUUUUUCUUAUUUUCUAAUGAUGUUUCCUGAAAAUAUAGUUUUAAAUAUAUAUAUCAUUCCUCCAACUGUCACCUUAGGUCAACUAGUUAACUUAGCUAGUUAGCUAGGUGUGUUUAAGGUGUAGUUACCUAGUUAAGUCUACAUAUACCAGUCAACCCAUCACACUCUGUCUCAGAUUCUUUGACCCACCCUUUCCCCUCAUCCUCCUUUCCAUCAUCGCUCUUCCCUUCCUCCCUCUUCCCUCUUCCCUCAUCCCUACCCUCCUCUCAUCAUCCUCCUUCCCUCAUCCUUUCAUCCUCCUUCAUUCAUUCCUUCAUCCUCCUUCCCUCAUCCCUUUCCUAAUCUCUUCAUUACCCACAUCCCUUCAUCCAUACCCUCAAACCUCUAUCUUCCUCCCCUCAUCCCUUCUUCCUCUCUCCCUCACCCCAGUCACCAGUGCAUCCUCCCACACCAGCCAAUCAGACAAAUCUUCACCUCCAUCCCUUCACUCAACAUCCCCAAAUUUCUCCUCAACAUCCAACAUAUCAAAUUUCCAUUCAAACAUUUUAAUCACAUAUUGUUGGGGCGUGGUCCUCGAUAGUGAAACUUAAGUUAAGUUAUUGAAAAGGGAUUAUAUAAACACAUUUAUUUGAGAAUAUGUCUUGUCUUAUUCUGUAAGAAUUGUGAAGUGUUUUUAUCAAAUUUUUAAAAUUAAUAAAAUUAAAAUGAUCGUACAAACGUUUCCAACAAA